AUCUGAACUUUAGGGAAAUUGCGUGUCGGUGUUGUUUACGAGUCGAGUGUUUUACACGUAAUAUCUUACCUAAUUUCCCUGGAUAACUCAAUUGCAAUUGAGCCAUGGCAGCUUCGGGGGAAGAGCUACACAAUAUAGAGACUGAUGUUGGCACGUUGCAUGUCUAUACUCAGGGAAAUCGGCAGCCUGAGGUGGAUAUUUUGACCCUCCAUGAUCUAGGAUGCAAUCAUAAAGUAUUCUACGAGUUGGCGAAGCACCCGGCAUUCACGAAUAUUUCAAAACGAGCAAGAUGGAUCCACAUCGAUAUCCCUGGCCAGGAGGAUGAUGCUGCAGAUUUACCCACAGAUUAUAACUUUCCAACUAUGCAAAAAUUGGGUGAAAGUCUGAUUCAAGUGCUGCAACAUCUAAAAAUAAAUCAGGUCGUGUGCCUUGGUGAGGGAGCUGGAGCAAACAUACUGGCUAGAUUUGCUAUGAAAUAUGAUGAGAAUGUACUUGGCAUCUGCCUGAUUCAGUGUACUGGAACUACUGCAGGGUUUAUGGAGACCAUGAAAGAUAAGAUCAUCACAUAUAAGCUGAGUCACCAUGGCAUGAACACUACUACGAUCAACUACCUAGAAACUCAUCGUUUCGGAUCGGAUAAAUGUCUUCCUACUAUUCGAGAAAAGGGGGAUGCCAAUGCGAUGGAGGUCAAUCCAGGCCAUAAGCAAACCGUGGAUAAGAUGAUCGAGGAAUUCAAGAAGGACCUCAAGACCAAGAUCAACCCGAAAAAUCUGCAAAAGUUUGUCGAGACAUUCUUAUAUCGUACACAGCUUAUCAAUCGAGCCAGCGAAUUAAAGUGUCCUGUCCUGCUUUCCACUGGUUCCAAGUCUGCCCACAACCACACAGUACAUACUCUACAUUCUGCACUCAGCACCAAGGUGGUUGACAAGAGCAAGAUUGAACUGGUUGAGAUUGAUGGCGUGGCUAAUGUCCUCGCACAAGCCCCCGAGAAGUUUGUUGAAAGCUUCCAGUACUUCCUGCAGGGAUGUGGUAAAAUGGGACAUGUUCAGAUGCACCAUGUGAACCGACAGGGAUUCCGUAACCGCAGCAUGUCUAUGGAGGAAGCUGACCUUCCACGUGGCGCCGACUCCCUCUCCAGCACCCCCACUAGGAAGUACAGCCAACAAUAUUCCAGUAGUCCACCUGAAGAAGGAAGUCUGCUGAAUACCCCACCACAGUAGGCGGAUGUGUCAUUAGCAGAACCAGCAAAUCACCGUUUUGUCAAGUUUGCACACUUUCUAGUCUCCUUGCUCUAUCAUCAGGAACAAACCCGCGAUUUCUAUCAGCACCAGGGUGAGAAAUUUUUACAAAACAAUAUAAAAUUGUAACUCUAUAAAAAGCUUUAGAGUGCAGAAUUUCAAGGGUUCCUUGGUGACAAAAUAUACACCUUUGCAGUAUAAUAUGUGAUCCUCGGUGUAGGAUGCGGAAAGUGUGCAUUUUCAACAAUUCAAGAUUUGUAUAUAUAGAAACCAAGUGUAUAUAAUUGUACAGUACUUGAUCGAAAGCGGAAUGAUUUCAAGUUGUAAUUGUUUGUGGCAGUACAGGAGUGUGCUCUCGUUUAGUUGGGUUUUUAAUUUUGAUAAUCACCUGUAACACUGCUUCAAUUAGGCUUUACUUCUUCAAGAUCAAUAUAUAACUGAAAUUCGACCUAGUGCCAAAAUUGGUUCUUACAAAACCUUCUUAGAAUUAGCAUUGAUUUUGUCUGGUUGCAUUUUCGAUUCAUAAGAUAUCUUUUGAACGUGUUCAGAUUUGACUCAAAAAGCUAGACGAGUUUGAAACAAAAUUGCAUUUAAAUUGGAAAAUACCAGUAAUUAAAUUGUUUUCUGGUUGAUUCUAAAUUUCUUUUGUGUGGAAUUAUUGCCAUAUUUUCACUUGUUUUAUUUGAACCAUUGAGGUCCACAGGUAGUGCCAUAACAAAAACAUUCUUUCCGAUAACAGACAGGGCAUGUCUGGUGUUUCUUUUCAAUUCCUCCAUCCCAGUUUUAUCUCCAUUGCUAAUAAUAUGUAAGUAAACUGAACAAGAUUUCAGUUAAGGUCUCUAUCUUAUAAUAGCAGUCAGCCUCCAUGGAGGAGAUUAUCCCAACAUCUGGCUGUAAAUUUCCUAACCUGCCUCCAUUGUUAAUAGAUAGAGUAUUAUGUAUAAAAUGACAUGUAUACAUGUAUAUGUUACAAACUGUAGAUACAAUGUACCAUAGGUCCUGACUGGAUACAGUAGACCUGCACUAUGUGUUUUCAGUAACAUACUCAAGGAUUUUUAAGCAGAUAUUCUUUUAUGAUCAUGUUUGAGUCUCCUGAAUGAUAAGAGUGUAUCGGACUUGAUGUGAGGACUUCAGAUUUUCCGACUUUGUAGCAAGUGUUUGAGAGUAAAUUAUGAAAAUGUACCUCACAUUUCUUGCACUGUUGCCUCAGUUUGCCUCCAUAAUAGCCGCAAGAAGGACAACAUUGGAUUGGUUUGGAAUACCACCCGUUCAAAAUGAUCAAAAUGGGGUAUUAAGUUAAAUGAUGCUGAUAUACGCUUGCAUCGAAGUCGAGGAAUUGCUUAAAACUUAAGUCCAUUUAAUUGAUCUGUGUUAGGUUCAUGUUGUAAUUGUGUUUCUACAUGUAUUUCUAAAAUUUCCUCAAACUAAACAUUGAAAUGAUAUUUCGACUAAUGAGGAACCGGCGCGAUUUAUCCGCCGCGUGGCGCUGCAAUCGAUCAUACCAAAACUCUCCAUUUCCAAUGCAUUAUCAUGUUAUUUCUGAGCCCGAAAACGAUCGCUUAUUUUCGACCGAUUUCGGCGACGUUUGCAUCUUCCUGUUUUAAAUCUAUUGAGCUAUCAGUUUCUUAAGAUAAUUUUGCGGAAAAUAUGCGCGAUGCCAGUUAUUAGGCACGUUUUGUGUUGUUGAAAUCCUGUGCAAAAAUGUACGCAAUGGUUUCCCGUGAUUGACCUCAUGCGACGUCAACCGACCAGAAAAUGACGUCAUGGCGUCAGAAGGUACGAUCGAUUGUGGCGCCGCCACUGGCAUUUAUCUUAACACCGGUUCCUCUUUGGUUUGUUUCUUGAAACUUUUCAGUUUUAUAUGAGGUGCACACCAGUGUGCUUUUGGCUCGAUUACUUAAUAUCGGUUUAAGGACUUCACUUGAUUGAUCAACCUCAAUCUGAAUGAUUCUGUAGCCUUUCCAUAUUUCUCUGUUGUGUCAUGCUCUUUGUGAAGGUUGUCCUGUAGCUUCAAAACUGCUGAGAGUCACAAUACCAAUGUGUUGAUCUCAUGUAUUUCUGUUUGCAAGAUCGUAGUUCAUCUUGAAUGUGGACCUGUAUGAUGUUUUCAAGCGAUUUGAACUCAAUACCAUGGAAUUACAAACUAAUGCAAUACAGUACAAAUGUAAUACAUGUAGAAUCCCAACUUUGUAUGUCAGAUUUACAAUAGUCUGGGUAGGUUCAAUUGUAAAGCUACUAAAAAUUAUUGUGACAUAAAGUCUUUACUGUUUAUACUCAUUGCCAUAUCAUUCAUAAAAGUUGUAAAAUGUACUUAGCACAAAAUUUGCAUCUGCAUAGAACAAAUGCACACAUCCAUGCAUACAUUUUAGGUGUUUUCUUUAACACUUAGGGUGAGAUUAACUGAGUUCACUACCAGUGGUGUUCAUUUGGUAAUAACGAAGUUUGGCUUUUCCCAUGAGAUAUUUGAAAUAACUUUGAGCCAUUAGGAAUGUUUUGUUUAACUUUUGUUGUACCUUCGCAGCUGCUAGUCAAUUGUUUGUUUUACAUUUUUUUGCCGGUGAAGAUGUGAGAUGAAGCGACAUCUUUCAUAAUUGUUCCAUGAAAGUACCAUGAGAUGGUAUUAACAGAUUAUUUUCAAGUUCUGUUUGAUUUUUGUAACAACAGAAGUUUCUUUUGAAGAAAGAUUUUGUGCCAUUCAUGUCCCUCCGUUAGGACAAAAAAAACCAUACUGACUAGUCUCUCUUCAUUGUUUAAUACCAUGAGAUGGUAAAGGUUUAAUAUUUUACAAUUCUGUUCAAUUUUUGAAACAACAGUAGUUUCUUUUGGAAAUAUUUCGUGCCAUUCAUGUUUAGCUCUUCAGGACCAAAACGAACCGCCUAAUUUCUGAUAAAAGUGCCAUAUGGCUAUGAAUAGUUGCCUGUGACUAACCUUCAUGGAGGCCACGGACCUUAAAGGAAUUGAUACUAAACUGGACGUGUUUGUUGAGACAGCCAAUACCGACAAUGAGGUAUCUAUUUUCUGAGUCCAGUAUAUCAACUGCAUCUUUAGUUGACCAUUCUUCAAUGGAAUCUCUUUCAUCGUACUUUGAUGUUGUCAAGCCUAAAUAAACUUGCUGGGUACAUGUUACAUGUACCUAUAGCAGGUGUGUUGUCACUGUCAGCCUGUACGCACAUGGUGAACUGAAUGUACCAGAUUCAUGCUAUUUAGAUGUAUUCAUUUCUUACUUGUGGCCAUGCUGUUAUUCACAUUCAGCUAUUCUUAAAAACAAAACUAUUUGUUCCUAUAACGACCUUCCUCUGGGGUUUACCUCAGUGCCAUACUUUUUGAAUUCAAAGACAGCGCACCAUAUGUUUCGAUAACCAGUAUAAGAAUACGUAUCACACAAACUACACAAAAAUAAAUCCAUGCACUUAACCUGUAUAGAUAGAUAGUUUUGCUCCAAAAUUACUUUAUUAGCAUAGUUUGAUGUAUUACAUGUAUCAGUACUGUUGUGGCAUCACCAAAGUGUAGAACUUUACCAAUUUCUCCACCACUACAGCGCGUUCUGGUUGUUCGUACCAGUUGCUAGAUUUUCAGAGUCAUCUGGUGCUUAUAUUUCACAAAACUAUACCACUGAGGACUGAUUCCUUUACAGUGGGAAACUUCUGCGGUUUGCCGUUGCGACGAAGUUUUAAAUGCAAGAAUAGCACUGUCGGUGGCAAACUGCCACAGUAAAAAACCGCUCGAGUGGAAUCACUCCUUUAAUAUACACUGCGAUUUUGACUGCUCCAAUAAUAGCAGGGCGUGCCCUCAGUAGAUUUGUCGGGUCAGACUGCUCGAGGAAAAAUUUCAAAGGAGAUUUUGAAAUAUUGUGACAGUGCAAGGACACUUCACUUAUUUUCUGAAUUAUCAUAUUGGUUAAUCUUGGAGGUUUUAAUCGUGCCAUGGUCAGUGAGAGGAACAUGAAGUGUUACUUGGACAAGCUUCCAAAGCUUUAUAAUGAAGAAGGUUUUCUUCUAAAAUAUUUUAUCUUUGUUGUUAGUGCUUUAUUUGUCAACAAACCUAAGGGUGAAUUUGAUUGACGCCAGUAGGUUUUCAUAUUUCCGUAGACUAGAUGUAGAUAGAGCAGAGUUUAAGAAAGGUUUUGUGUGGAUUUAGUCUCAAUGUUACGUCUGAUCACGACGCUUCGAACUACUCCUCAGUUCAUUUUUUCAAGUGAAUUUUAUAUUCUUGUUGCCUGCCCAUCAAACAGCUUCUUGCAGAGUUUAUUGUGCUGGGUCAAAUGGAAUGGAUUUGUUUGAUGAAUCUUGGAGUAUAUUCUGCUAAUUUUAGCUUACUUAUUGAAUAAAGAAGCACACUUGUUGAAUAUCCAAAGAAUUCAAGAACUCGAAAAUAAUAGGAAUAUUUUAUCACAAAAACACUAUCUAUAUAUGCCAAAUGCACUUUUUUUUCUCAUGCAUUUUCCAAUAGAUUCCAAAUAUCUUGCACACAUGGUAGAUAUUGGUACCAUAUAGAAGCAUGAUUCAAUAACCAACAUGUCCCCUACAUGUAUAGCAUGUUCGUUUAGCUUCUGCAAUAUGUUCCAGUUGGCUUAAAUAUAGGGCACUGUUGAUCGAUGUAAACAUGUACAAUUUCUUUCUUCUUUUUAUAUGUGUGGUUUGAAAAAUUUGGUAGUUGAGGUGAAAAUUGUUAGUUCAGAUUGUUUCUAUUCAUUCCCAAAACAUCACCGGGAAUUUUUUUUCUUCUGUUGAUUUGCACAUAUGUUUAUGAUUUGAAUAUUGUUGAUGUUGAUAAUACUGUUCUCUCUCCUUUACAUAUUUAGUGCUGUUAAUAGCAAUCUAAAUGGGGCAGCAUUGUGGUGGUUCUAGUUUGUCUGUUUAAAAAAAAUUUAGUUCCAACACAGCCUGCCUCUCCUCGUCAUUCACAAACCUGAAGUGACACCACAUUUUCCUUUUUGGGUGUCGCUUUCUCCUGUCAUUGAACAUAAUCUCAACAACGAAAUUGGUAAUGGCACUCUGAACUGAGCUUUGGCAAUGCUGCCCCUCUUAAGUGUUCUAGUGAAUGACAUAUCUUUCUGUAGGUACUUUGCACAUCUAAUGCUAUGUCCUCCAAUUACUGCUGUUGUUGUGUGUAGGAUUGUAAACCAAGGGACAUCAGUCGUGUACCCUUCUUUAUGUAUGUAGCAUAUUAACCCAGGUAGGAUUGAUUUUUAAGGGAAAAUAUACCCCCAAAAGUCAUAUAUCUCUCGACUUAUCUUGUGGGGUAACAGUAUCAGUAAAAGGAUCAUAUCAAAAGCCCACGUGGUAGUAUUGCCUACUUCAUUUAGAAUUGACCCUUAUCUGCCAGUGCCAAAAACAUUUCUGGCUCAGCUCAGGUGGUGGUGUGGUUAAUAUUUAUGGGGUGUACCCUCACCAAGGCAGUUUGGCAAAGAUGCCCUUGGCUUCACUAGUCCUUGGACAUCAUGUGUGUUAUCUGGAGAUCUAUGAAUGGAGGGAAACUUCCUCAAAACAGUUCUGUCCUUGGUGGGUUCAUGUUAUCCUGAUAUGGUUCUUUUGCUUUGAGAAGUCUACGAUGCCCUCACUAGUCAGCAUUCAUGAGGUUAAGGUACAAUUAUUACCACAUGAAUUGAUGAUACUCGAAAUGAAAAGUACACCAGCUCUGCUGUCUGAUGAGACUAAAAAUCUUGCAGGAUAUUGCCUUAAUUGAAGGUCUAAGCUGAGCCGACAGUCAUCUUAAAGAGGUAAAUUGUAACUGAACUUCAAAAUCAUAUUCCAUACUGAAAGAAAAUUGACAAGGUAGAGAAGUUGUCUUUCACCAGAAUAAUAUGUAAAGGAUACACAUAUGCAUUAUUUGAAAAUAAAAUUAGUUGUAUAGACAGUUGAUUAAUUA